UAGAACUUGAAGUUACUGAGUAAAUAUGUCACGAUGUUCUACGUUUAAAACACGUUAGGUUGUGGAUGACUUGCUAGUGUCAAGAAUGGGCGCGACAUCAGAUUGUAUUUUAUAAUUAUGAUGGAUGUAUAGAUUAAACUGAAUAAUCGUUAUGGGAUUCCUAUCAUUGCUUGUGUUUUUAUCCGUUUUUGGAAUUGGAAUUAAUGCAUUGGAGUGUGAUUUUGAGUUGAGUGAAUGUGGCUGGAGGAAUACAGCAACUGAUGAUGACUUCGAUUGGAUACCAGAGACUGGCCUUGAUCACACGACCAGAUCAUCCUCAGGUCGUUUGAUGAAGGCCUAUGGUGAGCCAGGCACAGAAGCAUGGUGGAUAAGUGCGAUGCAACAAUCCCAGUCUACUGGAAAAUGUAUGCUGUUCUGGAUGAAGACAAAUGGACAAGCAAACACAGUAGCUGUUCACAUCAGAGAACAAGGUUCAUCUAAAUCAACAGCAGUGAAAACGACCAUGGGGACGUCGUCUGGAGAUUGGUUCCAAGCUUUCUCGCCCAUCCCCGCAACAUCGAGCAAUUUCGAGGUUGUCCUUGUUGCCGAACGCUCGACCGUGCCUGACCAAACCAUAUCGAUUGACGACAUCAGCAUCCUUGGAGAAGAAUGCAAUGAUGCAACCGUAAAACGACUUCCAUCAAAUGGUAACAUACGACUGAAUGGACCAGUAGAGCAGUAUGUUAACUUCCUGUACAACGUCCCGAGUAAUGCUGCAAACCUCGUUACCGUUGAGAUCUCCGUAAAACCUGGUCAAACUAUCUUACUUCGAAUACUAGACAUGGACCUUAGUUCCUCUGACAGCCUCAAAGUUAUUCAUCCCACUAAGGGUACUGUUCUAGAGGAGUAUACCGGAAGGAUAACCGAUCUUGAAAAUACAACGUUUGCAUACAACGGGAACAAACUAAUAUUGUUGCAAUUUAAGAGUGAUUUAACCUCCAUCAACAACAUUUGGUUUUAUUUAACAGCGGUUGGUUGCGUCGCUGAAAACGUCAACUUUCCAGGUGGAGUUGCCACAACUGAUUCAAAUGGGACAAUACAAGCUGUCACGUGUGACCAAGGAUUUGAGUACAAUACCACUGUUGUAUUUCCUACGCCAUCAUUAGGUUGUGAUGUAUACACGUGGUCUAUACCUAAUAACAUAUGUAUUGAUACAUCGACAACGACCACUGUUGUACCAUCUACAACUACAGUUGCCGCAACAACUCAAAUGGUUACCACUACAAGUGAACAGCCGACAACCGUUUCAACAGUUCCAUCAAUCACCACCACAAGGGAGGCAAUAACAACUGCUGAACAAGUAACUACUGCCACCACCACACCAUCUCCAUCAGCCACUACAACUGCAUCUGUAUCUUCAUCUACUACGACCUCAAUAUCACCAACAACAACCAGAGAUACACUUAUAACAACCUGUAGCGUCCCUCCACUAAUUGUGAAUGGAUAUCGUAGUUAUACAUCAACUACACUGUCAAGUAAAGUCGUAUAUGCUUGUAACUCUGGGUUUGUAUUAGAUGGCUCCCCUGAAAUAGUUUGCCUCCUAAAUGGAUUGUGGUCGUCGACCUUACCAACGUGUAUAAGACCCCCAGGUUAUUCAUCCUCUACAACAGAGUCAACUACAACUCCAGUAGCUAGAUCAACAACAGAUUCCCCAUUUGCAACAGACAACGGGGGUACAAUGACAGACUCUGAUGAAUUAAUUAUCAUAAUUGGAGUGGCUGCUGGUGUUGCAGCGUUGGCGCUGCUAUGUAUGUUGUGUAUCUGUUGUUGCUGGUGCCGUAUGGGUCGAGCCGCAGCCAAAGAAAGAAUGAUAAAAAGAGAGCCAACACCUCUCGAUAAGUCAGUUUUUUCGAAACACAUGCAUAUGUAUGCCCCAAGGGGUAGAAGUCUCAAGACUGACCUCCGCAAUGAAAUGAUGGGGUCUGAAGGGAGGCAGUCUCGUAUGACGGAAAAGUUGGUACGAAAUGGUUCUAUGGUUCCCUCAAUUGGAAGCACACAAUACGGGGGUAAAUCAAAUGGAUCGUUCGUAAACGGGUCGACCAUUUUGGAUAAUAGGGGACUGCUUCAGUCUAAAAUGUCGCCCCAUGGUUCUAAGAAGCCUCCGUUGGACUUUGUUGGUAUUACUCCACCAGCAACAGCCAGACGAACUAUCACAUCUAACGGUUCACAGACCGCAGUUAGAAAGAUACAGAAACGAGCCAGGGCUGCGACACCACAAACAUCACCCGUUUCAACUUCGACUAAAUCCCAAAUACAAAAACUGCAACAUCAAAAGCAAUCAUCGUCUUCAAAGAAAGUCACGUCUGUCAACAAAGAACAACAAGCAAAGACAUCGUAUGUGAAACAAAAUGUAACUUCAACUGGCUCCGGUCCGAAUGCUGAGAAACCCAAAAUGUUAGAAGAAGCUGUAAGGCAGAAAGUAAUACAACAUCAACGUUACAUGAACCCGACUUAUAAUAGCAAUAGGUUUGAGACAAAACCAGCUGAGUCAAAUUCUACAAUCGAGACGAAACUAAUUGGUCCACAAUCACCAAUGGAAGUAAGACAAAUUGGUCCACAUUCCACAAUCGUUUCCGUAAGUGGUGGCGAUGGAGUACUUGAAAUCCCCCAGUUUGACACAACCGUAAAUGAAGCUACCCGCACCCCUAUCUCUGACAUGACGCACUCGACAAUCGUCGUCGAAAACCAAGCGAUUGAUCAUGAGGAGACACAAACAAAAUCACAGGUUGCGUCUUCAUCCCAACUACUUAAAGAAAAUAAUGUGACUGUCCACAAUGAGACGAUGGAAACGAAACAAACGAAGUCGAAAGAACGGAAAAGAGUAACUAUUAGUGAAUCAACGACGGAUAUAGACCAAAGUCUGAAAGAAUCCACCCGUCCCGAUCGCGAACUUCACGAUGACAGUGCAGUUAAAAAAGCUCUCCAACCUCUUGACAAUAUUGUAAGUGAAGCUGAAUCGGACGAAAAUAUACACGCAAUAUACAGCAGUAUAAACAGAACAACAGGAAUACAAUCCCCAACAUUUGGUUACGUAGACCACAACUCAACAUCAGACAAUACUGUUGAAGAGCUCACUGUAACUAAUGAAAACAUAACUGAGUUCGAUGUCAAUACAAGUGUUGUGAGCACAACCAACGAUAAAACAACUGAGGAGGCCCGAAUAGAUUCUGACGUAAAAGUAGAAGAAAUAAACAUAAGAGAAGACACUACAUUUGAGGACACUCGGGUUGAUUUGGAUGAAAAAAUAACAAGAGAGGCUACACAUGCAAUCCAAACAGAAAUUCACAGUGAACAAAAAGAGGAGACCCGAAACGAUGUUACUAGUGUAGAUGAAAUAACUGUCGUUGAAAUUGAAAAUAUAGGUGAAAAUGAUACUUUGAAAACAGAUGUUGAAGCAAGCGUAAGUAAAGAAAUAACAUUAGCGUCGACAAUAGUAAACGAAGGAGAGGCACGUGAUAAUCAAAGUGAAAGUGCUGACCAGGAAGACAGUGAUGAUGAUGAGGGGGGUGUGAGGGAGGAUGAUGACGAAGAUGAUGACGAAGAUGAUCUAUCGUCAACUACGUCUGAAACGCAUGGCAAGUACGAUUUUGAAAAUGUUGAAUAUAGCAAAGAAGAAAGAAAGGAAAUUAUUGGAGAUCAACACAAGGAAGCUAUUGUUAUUGAAUCUGAGACAAGCGUUACAACAUCAGAAGAGCGAAUAUUAUUUGAAACGGACACUACUUCCGAAAUUCCCAUAGCUGUGGACUCAGCUGAGAAAGUCAAUGAUGGUGAUAUACCUGUUUUAUCCGGACAGCGUUCAGUAUCUGACGAAUCGAGUGUCGUUGGUAGCACUAGAGAUGAACGACCUGCUAGUGAUGAUGAAGACUAUAUUGUUUCCACAAAACCAUCGAUGUUUGAAAACCAAGAAGCCGUGAAUAUGGCAAGCGUUGAAAUAACAGAUAUCGAUACACUAAUCCAAAACACAAGCUCGACACACAUAAGUCCAUCGUCUUCGUUGGUAAAUGUUAACACGGACCCAGUAACACGGGAGGAUAUCGAAAACGCUAACACAAACAUCCAUGGUUCUCUUAACAGGGAGCCCUCGUCGAAAAGUGUUAAUUCAGACGCCAUAUCCUACACGAAGUCUGCGGAACAUGUAUUAGAAAUAGCACAGAGUACCCUCGAAAGGAAGACCAAGCUAAACACCGCCGCAAAACAGGAAGCAGAAGUAGAAGCAGUUGAUAUUAAACCUAGUAAAUCAGAUGCUACAUAUACAGUUCAAAACAAUUCCGUUAAUGAUGGUCUCGAAAUGCCAGAGAUGCAAGUUAUUACGACUCACAAUGCAACAGCGAUGCCUUACACAAACACGUUCUAAAUACAAGUGAUAUUGAACCCUUAUGUGGAAAUCAAAUAUGCUAGCAACAAAAACAAUUUGUUUGAACAAUUGUAUACAUUUACUUUAUAUAUUUGCAUAGACAUUUUGUAAAAAUAUAUAUUUAGUCGAUAAUUCAAAUAAUAUGCAUGUUAUUAUAAAAGUGUAACCUGUAGCGUGGCCAGCAGGAUGAUGCAGACGAGGCAAAAUCUUUUGAGAAUUAUUCCUCUAUCAAUGAAGUAGUAAAUCAAUUGUAUGCGGGUAACUUUUAUCGAUUUCUAAUCUUAAGUCAUCAUUUUCUCACUGGUGAUCCACUCGAUUACG